GUGCGCUCGCGUGGUGGUGUGUGCGCUCGCGCCGGUUUUUGCGAGGCAGCGAGUUGCGUGCGAAGAGCUCGACAUGUCAUUCAGAGGAAUCCGCCACCUGAAACGCGAGGAAGUCAAGGCGACUCAAUUGGGUAUAAAGAAUCAGCCAACAUCUGCCUCCGAGCAGAGCGACGCUGAUGAAAACAUCAGCGCGGAGCUCGUGCAGGGACCCCGGCCGCGUUGUGUUUUGUCUUCCCGCUGGAUCUAUCGCUUCCCGGAGCCGGUGCACCUCCAACAGGCGCAUCUCUUUGGAACAUUUUAAAGUGGAUGUGAUUCUGGAACCAACUCGAUUCUGGAUUUAAUCCACGGAGAUUCUGGCGCACCUGCCACCUCCACGGAGCGCAAGAUCAUGAUCCCACCUGGAGACUGCAUGUACGCGGGCAGAAAGAGGAGGAAGCCCGUCCAGAAACAGAAACCAUCCUCUGUCAAUGAGAAAAGCAACCCGUCCAAGAGGCACCGGGACAGGCUCAACGCCGAGCUGGACCGCCUGGCCAGCCUGUUGCCAUUCCCUCCGGACGUCAUCUCCAAACUGGACAAGUUGUCCGUGCUGCGCCUCGCCGUCUCCUACCUGCGCGUCAAAAGCUUCUUCCAAGCGAGUCAAGACAAACCCUCCAGGAAGCACGUCACCACCCCAGCAUCCUCUAACCCUGAACCCAGGAAAGAUAGCCUUCCUCUGGGCACCACCAUCAAUGAAAGCAGCCUCCUCCUGGAAUCUCUAACAGGCUUUGCCUUGGUGGUGAGCAGUGAUGGCAUGGUUUUUUAUGCUUCCUCAACCAUUGUGGACUACUUGGGUUUCCAUCAGACCGACGUGAUGCACCAAAACGUCUUCGACUACAUCCACAUAGACGACCGCCAGGAGUUCAGACGCCAGCUCCACUGGGCCAUGUGUCCCCCACAACAUCAGGCGAUGUCUGGGCAGUCAGAUGGCCAGUUAGCGGCGGGAACAAGUGAAGACUUUGUCGUGAGCAGCAUGUUCAACUCUCCGGAAGCAGGGGAAAUUCCCCCAGAGCUCUCCUGCUUUCUCAACAGAUGUUUCAUAGCCAGAGUCCGCUGUCUCCUGGACAGCACGUCUGGGUUUUUGACGAUGCAGUUCCAGGGUCGGUUAAAGUUCCUCCACGGGCAGAAAAAGAAGUCGCCCUCUGGGACGCAGGUUCCCGCCCAGCUGGGUCUGUUCUGCAUCGCCGUGCCCCUCUUACUGCCCUCCAUCACCGAGAUGAAAGUGAAAAAUAUUUUAAUGCGGGGAAAGAACAAAGGUGGGGGGAUUACCUCUCCGAUGGAGCAUGGUGAGCGUGGGGAGCACCUACGGAGGCAUUCCAUCGGUGGAGGAAUGGGUGACAUGACAGACCCUCUUCUCUUCACUUGUCCCCAUCCGGGCGCUACACAGCGAAGCCACCACACGCUCUGGUCCCCUCUUUGCAAAGACAACCUCAAGUGCAGCUCCGACGGCUUCUACGGCCAGGAGGAACCCCUCAACUUCUGCAAGUCCUCCGUGGCGGACCACAAAGACGCAGCCGUGGGCCUGGGCGGAGGGUGGCCCAUGCGGCAGCGGGUGGGGCCCGUCAGAGCCGCCCAGGGAGUCGGCUACGUCCCAUCCAACCGUCUGAACAGGACUGGCCAGUACGGGAAGCCCUACCGCCUCUCGCCGAGCUGCCACGGCGGCCGGGGCGCAGACGUGUACGUGUCAAAGCUGUACGGGUCUUCGGAUGCGGAUGCCUACUGCGUAGACCUGGUGAAGAGCGAAAACGACUUCGGGGAGUGCUACGAAGGCCACAUGAUGUCUGAGAUGCCGCCCAUUAAAAUAGAGCACGACUCCGACUCGGAAAACGGAUGCGAGACGUACGGUCAAACCUGGGCCUGCCGCAACCAGGCCAUCAUCGACCGUCACUACGGGAACGGGGUGUUCGACCCCAGCACUGGCCUGCAGCUUAAAUCGGAAACGGACUACUAUGACCCGCAGUUCUCCCCGUGCCAACGAGGGAAAGCAGGAAUCAGCCCCACGUACAACAACGGCGCCUACCCCGGCUACGCGGUCAACAGCGCCGCUCGUCUGCUGAAGUGCGACAAAGACUUGGUCAGUAACGGCGACUCCAACCAGUUCAGUCCUCAGAGACUCUCUCACUCAGACUCUCUAUGCAGCAACCAGCCGGUGAACCUCAUGGAGCCAAACGUCUACCCUCAAAAGGCGUACAUGCACCUGGACUACAGCAAGCACAGCGCCUACGAGUUCAAAGGUCACGGCUUGAUCCACUCGAUCAAACGGGAGCCGAUGGACUCCCCGCCCUGGUCUGAGAACGGCCAUGACAUGAACCAGUCCAUGAUGGGCGGUUCAAGGAACGUUAUGCCAUGUGUGAUGAGCACAGGCCACCACAAGUCCAGUCCCUACAUUUACAUGCAGUGAGAGGACGGCGGCCGCACAUGAACACAUCAGCAGAUAUCAACCCGCACACAACCCCCCUUCACACGUACAAUUACACACAGACAC